UGCAAAACUUUAGCGAGCCCUGGAUGGCUUUUGUUUUGCCUCCUCCCCAUUUGGGCCAAAUAUGCAGGACAGGAACUGUUGACAAAUAAGUGAUGAAACUCUCAAAAAAAAUGGAGGCAAAGAAAGACUCUGGAAGAAGAUUGGUGUGUAGCUGGCUUCGGUCUCUUUCCUAUUCGUGCCUUUUAAUUGAUUUUGCUUAAUUGUUUGCAAAGGGAGAAAUGCAUGUGGGACGUAGGCAGCGGAGCGGCUUAGUUUGCAAGAGCGCGGCUGAGGCAGCGGGGAAGGGGCGGAAUGGAACCGAGGGACGGGCAGGGUGGGACGAUCAUGGAUCAUUAUUUUUUCCGGUGCGUGCGGGUUUGCGCUGAUCCACCGCGCGUGUCCGCGGGGCUGCGGGCGGGUUCGCAGGGCGAGAGCUGCCGGGAGAGGGGCAGAGCCGCCGGCGGCAACCGCUGCACCGGGCUCCCCCCGCUCCUCCGGGGACCUACCUUGUGCGCGGCCGGUCCCCGCCGCCUCCAGCCCGGUCUCCGCGCCCGCCGCAGCUUCCCCGGGGCAGCGUCACCGGCCUCGGCCGGGCCUACCCUGCAUCCCCCCGCACUGAAGUCGUUGCUGCCCCUCGGCCGCGGACCCCCGCGCUUUCGGCGUUGUCGAGCGUGCGGGGCGGCGGGGGGAGCGCGCGGGGGCUGCGCAUCCAUCGCGGCGUUACAUAAAGCGAUCUGGUUUUUAAAUCGCCGCUUCCGGUGUGACUAUGGAAACACUCGGAUUAUGUAAAUACCGAAACCUGGAUGCUGGGCAUCAGAUGCGAAGAUUCGCCCCCCUGCCCUUCACCGGGGAAAUAGCUCGUGUUCACGUACAAUAAUAAUAAUAAUAAUUAAAAGAAUGAUCCGGUCGUUAACGAGCGUUUACCGCCGUUCAAAGGUUUUUACGGGAUCGCAAAACGCUUCGGUGCUGUAGCUUGUGAAUUGUCGGCGAGUUACGCGUCCCCCGCUCGCCUUCCAGCGCCAGCCCCUGCUCAGCAGCCCAAGUUUGAGUUUUCCUGAAGCCAAGCACCUGUUAUUCCUGCCGAGUUCCGUGUCACGGGAUGGAAAAGCGCUGCAUCGGCCGAAGGCGGUACGAUGAGAACGAGGACCUCUCGGACGUGGAGGAAAUUGUCAGCAUCAGGAGUUUCAAUUUGGAAGAGAAAUUAAAGAGUAAAAUGUACCACGGGGAUUUCGUGCAUGCCAUGGACGGCAAAGAUUUUACUUUUGAGUAUGUGCAAAGAGAAGCUCUCAGAGUUCCCCUCAUCUUCAGAAAUAAGGAUGGACUGGGAAUUAAAAUGCCUGACCCGGAUUUCACCGUUAGAGAUGUGAAGCUAUUAGUGGGAAGCCGCCGGAUCGUGGAUGUGAUGGAUGUGAACACACAGAGGGGAGUUGAGAUGAGCAUGUCUCAGUUUGUCAGGUACUACGAGACCCCAGAGGCCCAGAGGGAGAAGCUCUACAACGUCAUCAGCCUGGAGUUCAGUCACACCAAGCUGGAGAACAUUGUCAAGCGCCCCAACGUGGUGGACUUAGUCGACUGGGUGGAUAAUAUGUGGCCACAGCACUUGAAGGAGAGACAGACGGAUGCCACCAAUGCUAUUUCAGAGAUGAAAUACCCCAAAGUGAAAAAGUACUGUUUGAUGAGUGUGAAAGGAUGCUUCACUGAUUUUCAUAUUGAUUUUGGUGGCACUUCAGUGUGGUAUCACGUUUUCCGUGGGGGGAAGAUCUUCUGGCUGAUUCCACCUACUCUGCAGAAUCUAGAACUUUAUGAAGAAUGGGUUCUCUCAGGAAAGCAAAGUGAUAUCUUUCUGGGAGACAGGGUGGAACGGUGCCAAAGAAUUGAGCUGAAACAAGGCUACACGUUCUUCAUUCCUUCAGGGUGGAUACACGCGGUUUAUACUCCAGUAGAUUCUCUGGUGUUUGGUGGAAAUAUCCUGCAUAGCUUUAAUGUUCCCAUGCAGCUUCGCAUCUAUGAAAUUGAGGACAGAACAAGGGUGCACGCCAAAUUCCGCUAUCCUUUCUACUAUGAGAUGUGCUGGUAUGUUCUGGAGAGAUACGUGUCCUGUGUGACCCAGCGCUGCCACCUCAGCAAAGAGUACCAGAAAGAAUCAAUGUUAAUUGAUGCAAAAAGAAAACGCAGCACAGACAGCUACUCAUCAGAUUCGUGGUUAGACAUGGAUGAAGAAUCUUGUGAUGCCCAUCUCCAGGAGGAGAAGGAUGACAGCUUGGAUAAGAACUCCAAAUCCUUGGUGGAUGGCUCCUCCUCACCCAACAGCACACACUCAGAAGGGAAGGAGGCUGCAGGGAGGAAACAAAAAGCCACAGUGAUGAGGUACCUGAAAAGAACUUUGUCUAAUGAGUCAGAUGACAGCAUAAAAUCAACGACCCCGACAGACUAUCCCAAAACACCCACGGGGUCUCCAGCUACAGAAGUUUCAACCAAAUGGACUCACCUCACAGAAUUUGAACUGAAGGGUUUAAAAGCCCUGGUGGAAAAGCUUGAAUCUCUCCCAGAGAACAAGAAGUGUGUUCCAGAAGGCAUUGAAGACCCUCAGGCUCUCCUGGAGGACAUGAAGAACAUACUAAAGGAACAUGCUGAUGAUGACCAAAAUCUUGCCAUUUCGGGUGUCCCUGUGGUCAGCUGGCCCAAGAAGACCACAAAGAACAGGGCAGUCGGGCGGCCCAAGGGGAAGCUGGGCGCUGCCUCCGCGGUGAAGCUCGCGGCCAACCGGAGCACGGCGGGCGCGCGGCGGCGGAGGACGCGAUGCCGCAAGUGCGAGGCGUGCCUGCGGACAGAGUGCGGCGAGUGCCACUUCUGCAAGGACAUGAAGAAGUUCGGGGGGCCCGGCAGGAUGAAGCAGUCCUGCAUCAUGAGGCAGUGCAUAGCUCCGGUGUUGCCUCAUACUGCUGUGUGUCUGGUGUGUGGAGAAGCUGGGAAAGAGGACACUGUGGAAGAGGAGGAGAGCAAGUUUAAUCUCAUGCUAAUGGAAUGCUCCAUUUGUAAUGAAAUCAUACACCCAGGAUGCCUUAAGGUGAAGGAAUCGGAUGGUGUGGUUAACGAUGAGCUGCCGAACUGCUGGGAGUGUCCAAAGUGCAACCACGCAGGGAAAACUGGAAAAGCGUACAAGCAAAAGCGCGGACCAGGAUUUAAAUACGCGUCAAAUCUCCCGGGCUCGUUGCUGAAGGAGCAGAAGAUUAACAGAGACAACAAGGAAGUUCCAGAUGCUGCCAAACGGAAAGGGGACUGCGAGGAGACUCCCAGGCGGAAAUCAGAGGAACAUUCCAAAAAGGCUCCGGUCGACUCCAUCCUGAGGAGAAAGUCUGACGAGGUGCAUCUGUGGAGGAAGCGGAAAUUCGAGAAGUCCCAGGAACCCACGAUGAGAAAGCGGCGGCGAUCGUGGAAGGCCCCGGAUGACCGAACUGCCAUGAUCAAACCCCUGCGGCGCCUCAAGCAGGAGCCCGAGGACGAGCUGCCAGAAGCACCCCCCAGGUCCAAGGACAGCGACCAGUCUCGGUCCAGCUCGCCCACGGCAGGGCCCAGCACGGAGGGCGCCGAGCCCAGGGACAAGAAGAAGUUCAAGAUGAGGAGGAAAAGGCGGCUUCCCAAUAAGGAACUGAGCAAGGAGCUCAGCAAAGAGCUUAACCAGGAGAUCCAAAAAACCGAGAACAGCCUUGCCAACGAGAACCACCAACCCAUCAAAUCUGAACCGGAGAGCGAGAACGAGGAGCCCAAGCGCGCGUUGAACAACAGCGAGAGACUCCAUAGGUUCAGCAAAGGGUUGAACGGGACUCCCCGGGAGCUGAGGCACCACCAGCUCAUGCCCAGCCUGCGCAGCACCCCCCGGGGCAUAGCCCGGCCCCCGCCCUCGCUGUCGCCCCCCAAGUGCAUCCAGAUGGAGCGGCACGUCAUCCGGCCACCCCCCAUCAGCCCCCCUCCGGACUCGCUCCCCCUGGAUGACGGGGCAGCCCACGUGAUGCAGAGGGAAGUCUGGAUGGCUGUCUUUAGCUACCUCAGUCAUAGAGACUUGUGCAUCUGUAUGAGAGUUUGCAAGACCUGGAACAGAUGGUGCUGUGACAAAAGAUUAUGGACCAAAAUAGAUUUAAACCAUUGUAAAUCCAUCACUCCACUUAUGCUUAGUGGCAUUAUUAGGAGACAGCCUGUAACCCUUGAUCUUAGCUGGACAAAUAUAUCUAAAAAGCAGCUGAGUUGGCUUAUCAACAGACUGCCAGGUCUGCGGGACCUGCUGUUAUCAGGGUGCUCUUGGAUAGCAGUGUCGGCACUUUGUAGCUCCAGCUGUCCCUUGCUGCGAACUCUGGACGUGCAGUGGGCAGAAGGACUGAAAGACGCACAAAUGAGAGACCUCCUGUCCCCGCCCACGGACAACCGGCCAGGCUGCAACGGGUGUACUUUAGAGAGUAUGGAAACACUUUCUUCCAGUUCAGGGAAGGAGCAGUUCUGUGGGUCAUGCCACAUUCGCCCGGAUUUCAGCUCAGGUCAGAUCGACAACCGGAGCAAGCUACGGAACAUCGUGGAGCUGCGCCUGGCGGGGCUGGACAUCACGGACGCCUCGCUGCGGCUCAUCAUCAGGCACAUGCCCCUGCUCUCCAAACUCAAUCUCAGUUACUGUAACCACGUGACAGAUCAGUCUAUUAACCUGCUGACCGCCGUCGGAACCACCACGCGGGAUUCGUUAACGGAAAUUAAUUUAUCAGACUGCAAUAAGGUCACUGACCAGUGCCUGUCUUACUUCAAACGUUGUGGGAACAUCUGCCAGAUCGACCUGAGGUACUGCAAGCAGGUGACGAAGGAGGGCUGUGAGCAGUUCAUAGCAGAGAUGUCCGUGAGCGUCCAGUUCGGGCAGGUGGAAGAAAAACUUCUGCAAAAACUGAGUUAGUUAAAGGACUCGUGUAAAUACUGGGGCGAGGGGGGGAAGGGACUAAGAACACGUAGGGAUUUUAUUUUCAAUUGGGAACUUGGAAUAUCAGAAAAUGCCGUGAUUGGAUUUUACAACUCUUGGUGAGGAGAGAACAACGUGAAACUACCCAUGUUAAGAAUUUCAACUUGUGCCACUAAUUCAGUCCACCUGGGAUGACCUGCACUGGCUCUUAUGCAAAUUCAUAAGGCGACUGUUACUGAUGAUAAUUGUUCACACCCUGGAAGAAGACUGAGCUCCAAGAAAUACUGUUAUUUAAAGUACCACAGCAUGUGCUUGGUAGUGUAAAUUUGAUUUCUGCUUUUCAUUUCUUAAAACAAGAAAAAAAAAAAGUUGGUGUCAUUUAAGUGGACCACGCACUGCAUUUCUGCCUUCUUAACACGUUUUGUUUUGUUACAUCUUACAUUAUGCAGAACUAUUUUUGUACAAAAAUUGUUUAAAAAUUAUUUAUGCAAUGUUUGAAUGCAUUACCAGUGUUUUGGUUUUGAUUGCCAAUUUUUAUCUUUACUUAUGGUAGGCGAGAACUUAACCUAUACUUCGUAGGCAGUAUCUAUCUACAAACGUGCCCAGGUCAGGAAAAGUAGGUUCAUACUUUCAACUUAAAGCAUGUUUUAAUGGAAGUUUAUAUCCUGCUUUGUAUACUUCAGAAGUGACAUAAGCAUGUUGUGGAAAUAAGGUGUAAAUUAUAGUUGAAGUAAAACACUUUUAUCUGUAUAGAAAUCACCUUUUUCUCAAAAUUUUAAAAAAAUUCCAAUUUCAGCUUUUGCACAUAGGAGGGUUUCACUCUGUAGCAUGAGCUCUUGUACUCAAUAUAAAAUUAAUUUAUACAGUGAGUCCAGCAGUAGAAUAAAUGGUCAAACGUAGUCUCUCUUUCUUUGAAGUGUGAGUUGAGUUCUCAUUUAAGGUUUAUAACAUGGUUAUUUCCUGAUUGUAAAAUUCUGCAUUCAUAAGUGCCAUUGUUGUACGGUGUUGUUUUCGUAGACCUUCCUGAUGCAGUUUUACCUUUGUUGAAUUUGUAUAAACAAUUGUACAAAAA